CGGUUUAUACUGGUUUAUACCGGUUUAUACCGGUUUAUACUGGUUAUACUGGUCUAUACUGGUCUAUACUGGUUUAUACUGGUUUAUACUGGUUUAUACUGGUUUAUACUGGUCCCGGCAGUGCUGCGGUGCCUGGGGCUGCCCACCCGCACAGUGACCAACUACAACUCGGCGCACGACACCGACGUCUCCCUCACCACCGACAUCUACCUGGACGAGAGCAUGAAGCCCAUGGAGCGCCUCAACACCGACUCCGUCUGGAACUUCCAUGUGUGGAACGACUGCUGGAUGAAGAGGCCCGACCUCCCCGCGGGCCAUGAUGGGUGGCAAGUGGUGGAUGCCACCCCCCAGGAGACCAGCAGUGGGCUGUUUUGCUGCGGGCCCUGCUCCGUGGAGGCGGUGAAGAACGGGGAGGUGUUCCUCAAGUACGACACCCCCUUCGUGUUCGCCGAGGUGAACAGUGACAAGGUGUACUGGCAGCGCCAGCCCAACGGCACCUUCGCCGUGGUGCACGUGGAGGAGGGCGCCAUCGGGCGCCGCAUCAGCACCCUGGCGCCCGGCUCCGGCGCCCGCCUCGACAUCACCCAUCUCUACAAGCACCCCGAGGGUAGCCAAUGGCAGCGCGGGUUCUAUGCGGCGGGGGCGGGGGGAGCCAAUGGGGAGAGAGGAGAGGGAGGGGGUGGCCAAUGGGGAGGGGG